GACUGGCAGGAGACAACAAUAAAACAAAUGGCUUUAAUUGGGGACAGAGCUCAUAAUGUUGCUCUUACAUUGUCUCGGUUCCAUUCUAAUCAAAUUGUACAUGUUGCAUCAUCUUCUCCUUUAACUGUGAGCUCAAGUCACAAGUUCAGAGCUAAAUUGGUCCUAUUAUUCUUCUUGUUGACAGCAAGCUGUAAAGUCACAUUAUCUCUGGCUUUAAGCUGAUGGAUGUCUUCCACCUGCCUUUUAUAUCCAGUUUGGCUUUUUUUUUAAAGUCAUCUGUUGCAGAAAUCUCAGCUGUCAGAAGUAUCAAAGUCAGAUAAAUAGCAGGCAAUGUUUGUCCCCUCCCUCUGUAAGCUAAUUAUCUGUCACACAUGUCUACAAUGGAGGGAAAGCUCAUUUAAAUGUGUUUGGUUGGACUUCACUGAUGAGAAUAAAGGACUGUCCCAGCAACAGUAGACUGCGAAAAGCUCCUGAGAUGAUGCACAUUUCAUUUUUUCUGCUUGUUAUCAUCACAGGUGGGGUGUCCUGUAAAGUUUGCAGUUAUCAGGAUGUUCUGGAUUACUUAAACCUGACAGUGGACACCAAUGUGUUUAAAAUGACCAGACCCGUUCUGGACCACACACACACCACGGUGGUGAAGACGGAUAUGAUCCUCUACGCCAUUCUGUCAGUGGUUGAGAAAACACAAACCUUUGUACCUUUCGUCUGGGUGUCAGUGCAAUGGAAAGACGAACGCAUCUCUUGGGAUCCAGCUCAGUUUUGUGGGAUCACUGAGAUUUCAGUUCCUAAAAGCAUUCUCUGGAGACCUGACCUCUUCAUCUAUGAGAUGAUAGAGAAGGAUGACUCUCCUCAAAAUCCAUACAUUCUGCUGAGUCAUGAUGGGACUGUCUUUUAUGACGAGGACAUGCGGGUGAUUAGCACCUGCAAGAUGGACGUCCACAAGUUUCCUUUUGACACGCAGGAGUGCAGCCUGUCCAUUGGUUCUGCGAUACAUUGUGUAAAAGAAAUUCGAAUUUUUCCUUUCUCAAAUUCCUCUCGGGCCACGCAGUUUUCCAGAGAGGUAAUGAAGACACAGGGAGAGUGGGAGUUCCUGAAAAUGUCCGUCGAAAGCGCCAACAUCAGCUUGUAUGAUAGGCGUUGGGAACUGCUAGUUUACAAGGUCACCAUAAAGAGGAGACCUCUACUCCAUGUCAUAAACUUCCUGUUGCCCAUCCUGUUUUUCCUCAUCCUGGAUCUUGCCUCUUUCCUCAUCGCUGACCAUCGAGGGGAGAAGCUGGGCUUCAAAGUCACAGUGCUGCUGGCCAUCUCUGUCCUCCUGCUCAUCCUUAAUGACAUCCUGCCCUCAAUGUCCAACAAGACUCCACUGAUAGCGACCUACUGCAUUGUGAUCUUUGCUCUGAUGCUGCUCAGUCUGCUGGAGACAAUCCUAGUAACGUACCUGAUAGAUAAAGACUCUGAAGCUGAACUCGGCAUAUGUGACAGUGGGGAGGAAAAAAAUAAACAAAUGAAAACAAAGGAUUGCAGCACAGAAAUUAAAAAACAAAAUGGCUGCAGCUGCAGCCACAGAGUCUGUGAAGGUGAGAAGCAGCAUGAGCUCCUUACUGUGGAUGACGAGGUGAACAACAGCGACCACUCGAGGGAUGCAAGCGCUUUGCUGAGUGAGCUGAAGAAGCUGCAGAACAUGAUGCAUCAACAUUUUGGCCCCAGAGAGGAGAGAGUGAAGUCUGUAUUUUGGGCAAGGAGAAUCAACCGACUGUUCUUUAUUUUUUAUGUUUUAACUGUUUUGCUCUUCCUGUCCUUCAUCCUUAUGGAGUGGUACUCUUAAGAAAAAGGAAAAUCAUUCAUUAUACUACAAUGUCGAUCAGUAUGUAGUGUUUUAGCGAAAGUUAUAGCCGAAGUUUUGACCAAGGAUGAUGACUGGAGUGGAAAUGUCACUGUAAAUAUUAUCUGUGCUUUUAGAAGUGUUCUGUUUUGUACUAUAAUCAAAAUUUAUGCAGGUUUGAAAUUGAAAUUGAAGCAAAGUUUGAGAAUCCAGUUAACAAUACUUUAUAGUCGGGAUAUUCCAAUCGAUGUGGGUCUCAAUAAACUCAAACAGAAAAUUAAUACACUCAUGUUAACACAUGGAGACAAUAAAAUAUAACUAAAUUUCCUUCAUUCUUAAAAUCUAGACCCACUUGGUGCAAUUUUUUAAACAUGCAACAUUUCCUUUCAUUUGUAUGCAGAUGCCUGCCUGGUAUAUUUUAUGCAGCAACACAGUGGGUGUUUAUUCCAAUCUAAAAUAUCCAAUAACCAUAGGCUUUGUAAAUAAAAAGUGUGUUUAGGAUAAAUGUUUUGUACAGGGCAGCAGCACCAGAAGAUCCCUGCAUGGAUGACUGGAAUAAUAAAGUUUAAGACAUUAUAUCUUGUGUAUGAAAAAGGAAAAAGCCACAGUAAUAAAACAUGUUUUUUGUUUCAGUCUGA